AUGCAUCCAGAGGUGGCCAUGGGGGCCGCUGCGCCUGCUCCAAGAAAAUCGCGCCUUCCUGAGCUUAAGUUGCCAACCUUCAGCGGCGGCUACACUGAUUACGCCGAUUUUAUUUCGAUGUUCUUGACAAUUAUUGAUAGGAAUAGUGAUCUGACUCCAAUUGAGAAGCUGCAGCACCUGAAAUCAUGCCUGAAAGGUCCAGCUUUAGAUGCCGUUCGUUCGCUGGAGAUCACUGACUCUAACUAUGGAGUGGAAAGUGCAUCAGCUGUGAAGCUUCGGGGGCUCUCCGACAAGCUCAAUGCCAAUCUUCGAGCGCUUCAGAGCUUGGGUACCUUGGAGGAGAUAGCUGGUUGCAUUCUUGUUCAUACGCUGCUGCAAAAGGUUGACCCGACUACCCAGGCUAAAUGGGAAGAGUCUGCCUCGCUGGACCGAAUACCCACCUGCACAGAAUUUACUAAAUUUCUGGAGAAGCGAUGCCAGAAACUUGAAAAUGUGGAGCAUGCUGCUGUAUCCAACGGUGGCAAUUCGCAAGCGUCAAGGACCAGGAGGUUCAGCAGUCAUGGGAGCAGUUCGUUCGUCGCCACCAGCAUCACAGCCUCGACCAGAUCUAUCUCGGCUUUGGUUGCGCCUGCCAUCACGGACGACCAGCCUAGGUUCACCGUCAGCCCAGAGGACUGGAACAUACCCUAA